AUGGAGGUGAUAGUAGUGAUAGUGAUGGAAGUGCUGAUGAUGAUAGUGGUAGAAGUGGUGGUGGCGUUGGUGGUGGUGGAGGCAGAGAAGAUUGUGGUGGACGUGGUAGUGGUUGUGAUGGUGGUGACCGUGAUGGAGGUAGAGAUGGUGGUAGUAACGGUGAUGGUAGGUGGAGGUGAGGUGGUGGUGGUGGUGGUAGUGGUGGUUAUGUUGGUGGAGGUGGUUGGGGUGGUGGCGGUAGAGGUGGAGGUAGUGAUGGUGGUGGUACAGGUGGAGGGUGUGGUUAUGAAGGUGGAGGUAGAGGUGGUAGUCUUGGGUGGAGAGCGAGGUGGUGGUGAUCAUGGUGGAUGUAGAGAUGGUGGUGAAGAGCCAAAUCUUCUCAGUGGCUGGCUCAGUGGGAACCCCAGCAAGAAGAAGAUUUCUGGCUUCUUCACCAACAACCUGAAAUGCCAGCUUAUACUCCUGAAGACUCUGCAGACAAAUCCACAUGUCAAACUUCUACUUGAUGCCAUGAAAUACUUAGGUUGUAUUAUUGACAAAGAAAGACACUUUUCUUGUGAAAAUUGUAAUGGAAAUGUAGCUGGAGGUGCUGAUGCUUCAAUGUCUCAGACUGUUCUGUGUGAGAAUAACAUCCGUAAUCAGGGCCAUAUUAACCGAGUGGUCAUCCACGAGCUCAUUCAUGCAUUUGGUCAUUGUUGUGUCCAUGUCGACUGGUUCAGCAGUGUCAGACAUCUGACCUGCUAAGAAGUUUGAGCUGCUAACCUUAGUAGAGACUAUUCAGUAUUCAGGUUACAUGUUGGAUUAAAACACCAUCACAGAACUUGUAUGAGAGACAGAGCCAUUCUUUCUAUCUUGGUUAGGAAUAUAAGCAAAGAAAUAGCUGAAAAGGCUGUUGGUGAAGUUUUUGAAUCUUGUUACAAUGAUCAUGAACCUUUUGGAAAGAUCCUAUAUAACAAGACUUAUGCUCAUAAAGUCUAUCAAAACUGUGAUGAGUAUUAUUCAAAUACAUGA